AUGGGUUGGAAACUUAUAAGACAUUUGCUUACUCUUCCUCCGUCACUUCUUUGGCUAGUCAUCCAAUAUUUUUUUGGUGGCCUCAAGUAUAGACGCUAUAGAAACAGUCUAAGAAAUGCCCUCAAACUAAAGAUCUUCAGCACGGCAUUGGCUGUUGGAGUUUCAAACGGAAAAUGGGUUAUACCUUUCUCCAACUCUACGUUAAUUCGGAAAAUUGUACCUUUACAGAAUCCACGGCUUGUAAAGAAUAUUCCGGGCUGGGGAGAGCAAUACGAUGCCAAUUCCAUUUGGCUUGUUAAACAGCCAGACAGAAAGCUUACAGACCCGGUGAUUAUUUACUCCCAUGGCGGAGGUUAUUUUAUACAAACUUCUCCAUCUCAGAUUGUUUCGUUGAUGUCAGUUUAUCAUCUUUUGGAUACAGACAAACAAAAGAAGACUUCCAUUCUAUUCUUGGACUACAAGCUUGCGUCUCGUGGCCACACUUUACCCACUCAGUUGUACCAACUUCAUGAUACUUACAGUAAGCUUGUCUCAGAAGGUUCUUCAAACAUUCUUCUCAUGGGUGACUCAGCUGGUGGACACCUCUCCAUCGCAUACACUCAGUACUUGAAAACAUUAUCCAAGUCUCCUCUUGUAUAUCCUAGACAGCUCCUUUUAAUCAGUCCUUGGGUGAAAUUGCAUCUCCUUCCCUCUGACUUUGUCAAGGGUAACUCUUGGGUUGAUAAUGAGAAAUAUGACAUGAUCCAUCACUCGUUGGUUUCCAAUGUGUAUGAAUUGAAACAAAUUGUUGGAACUGAGGAUCUUAAUUCCUUGGUUACCUCUCCGGGAGGUAAGUUCCCCAUGUUGAGAUCGGACUGGUCGGACAUUACAACAUUUUCAAGUCCAGACUGUGACAUUUUCUUGGUUUUGGGUGAGGACGAAAGCUUCCGAACUGAUAUUUUGAGAUGGGCCAAGUUCGCCUUGGAUUUACCUUGGGACACUGUCAAGUACGGAGAUUCUGAGCGCACUUUCAAGACAGAAAACUAUGAGUUCGAGCGCAGAAAUAUCGAGGGCCAGGCAAACUUAUCUGCUUACGUUGAACCUUUAGGAGUCCACGAUGGGUUCUUCUUCUUCGAAGACUCAGCGAGUGCAACUAUCAGCAAAUCUCUAAAGGCUGGCAAAAAACCAUCAAUUACCGAUCUCAAAGAAAAGGACUACUUCGCAAUGGCGCGUUUGACUCGUUUCUUGAAUGAGACCCUCUAG